CACGUGGACAACGAAUCAUCAUCAGAAAGGCGACUGCAUCCCAGAAAUAAAAAGAAAGAAUGAAGGAAAUCGGCUGGAAUGUAGGCUGCACAAUCCGUACGGAGACUCCAUUUCGAUCGGCGAUCGUCCGGCCUUUGAUCCGACUCUCAAAACAUCCUUCUCUCUCCUCCGUUCACGGCGGCGGCGGCGGCGGCGGUGGAUGGCAAGUAGCAGGGCCAACAAGUACGCCUCCCUCAACUUCAACGACAUCUACGACAAGAAGAAGAUCGCCGGCGCCUCCUCCGCCUCUUCCCCCUCUUCUCCUCUCUCCUCUCCCACCUCCAGAACCGUUCUGUCGAAUUCCCGCAUCCAUGGCCACAUGCUCGUCCUGAGCCGCCCCUCUCCCAAGCCAAUCGCCCAACUCUCCCCUCCUUUGCCAUCUUCUCCACGCCAGCAACAACGGGAACGACCUGCCGGGAUUCGAGAUCAAAUCAGGUCCGAGGAGGACACCAUAUCUCUCCGUCCGCUCGGCCGAACCGGCUCUCCUUUGACAUUGCCGAAGCCGGAGAAGGAGUUUUCGGCGUCUCCGUGUCCGUCUCCAUCGACGAAGCCGGACCGGUUCGUUCCGCCUCAUCUUCGGCCGGGGUUCGCCGGGCGGGAGGAGAAGCCGGGUUUCGAGUUACAGAAGCAACAGGGAGUCCGGUCAAGGGAGAUCGGAGGCCACCGGCCGAAUCGGCUCGGGGAAGACGGUCGACCUAAGUCUGGAGGUGGUUAUGAGAGGGUUCGUCGAGUUGGUGACUCGGAUCUGAUGGAGAUGAAUCGGCCUGGUUCGAUUGGGACUCGGCCGAGUUCUAGUGGAUUAUGAUUUCUUACAAAAAGAGCCGGGCUUGGGGCUCUUGUUCUCGGGACAAUGACGGAACUGUUGGACAUGCAUUCUCACACAGAUAGCAGCAGCAACUUCUUCUGGUCCUGGAGCCGGGAUUAAUUUCAGAAGUUUUUGGUAGAUGAUCAAAUCAGCAUGAUAUCACCAGAUGGCGCCUUUUGGGUGCCCAAAAACUGAUUGUGAUGGACUUAUUCAAGCAUUCCAUUUGAAGGGGAGGCCAAUCCUAUGGAUUGAAGCCUUUUUGGCACAGUUUGGUGGUUGUGUUUUUUUUUUCGGUUAAAAGAAGGGAAGGGGCCAGUGGAAUGUAUCUGUAUCAUCUGCUCUACAUUUAUUUUCUGUUUAUUGCAUCAUUUUCUCAAAGGGAGUAUAUAUUUUCAUUCCACUGCCUCUAUCUCACUACAAUUUACGAAUA